AUGCGAUCGCAUUGCAUGGAUUGCACACCACCCCAGAAGGAGACAGAGAGUUGUGCUGAAACGCCACCACCCAGCACCACCCAGCAACUACCGCGCCACCAACCAGACGCCGCCGCCUUCCAGACAUCGCCGCCGUACCACCCCCUCCCCUUCUUUCUUCUUCUUUCUUCCUCUCUUCUCCCCUCUCCACCACUGCCCUCCGCGACCACCACCCCACCACCACCGGCCAUCCAGCCGCACCUCCACCACUGCCCUCCGCGGCCACCACCCACCACCGCUGGCCAUCCAGCCGCACCCCUCCGCCACCAACCCGCAACCCCCUCCCUUCCUCUAUCAAUUACCCUAAAACCCUAUCCCCAUUCCCCCUCUUCCACUGCCCCCUCAGCCGCCACCGCGCUGCCGUACCCUGCCACUGCGCCGGAUGCUGCCGCAGCCACCACCCAGACGCUUUCUUACCCUGUUCUACUCCUCACGCCUACCAGGUUCCGAUGA